AUGCCGACCGGAUCAGUGAAAUUGCAAAGCAUAAAAAAACUGGGACAUGAAAACCACAGCUACGACUUUUCCAAUGAAGAACCAGCUGGCUCCAAUAAGGCCACAACAAGUUCUAAGGAUGAUGGGAAAAACCAGGGAGAUGCAGAUCAACCUGCGAUAAGGGUUGGCUUCUUUCAGCUGUUCCGUUUCGCCACGUGCAACGAUGUGCUGAUGAUGGUGGUGGGCGGCAUGUGCGCCGUGCUGCACGGCUCGGCCCAGCCCCUCAUGCUGCUGGUGUUCGGCCUGCUCACCGACACCUUCAUCGAGUACGACAUCGAGCUCAACGAGCUGCACGACGUCAGGAAGGAGUGCGUGAACAACACCAUCCAGUGGAAGAGGAACUACACGGCGGCGGGCGGCCUGAUGCCGCCACAGUGGGACUGGAGCCUCAUGAACAAUUCAACAUUGGAGAUGUUCACAGCGCUGAAGAGCAGGACGUGUGGGCUUCUCGACAUUGAACAUGAAAUGACCAAUUUUGCCUUCUAUUAUGUUGGAAUUGCAGCGGCUGUGUUCCUGCUGGGAUACUUUCAGAUCUCCCUGUGGGUGACGGCCGCUGCCAGGCAGAUUCAACUCAUCAGGAAAAUGUACUUCAGCAAAGUGAUGAGGAUGGAGAUCGGCUGGUUCGACUGCACCUCGGUGGGGGAGCUCAACACUCGCAUGUCAGAUGACAUCAACAAGAUCAAUGAUGCCAUUGCGGACCAGGUUUCCAUUUUCCUGCAGCGAUUCACCACCUUUGUGUGCGGUUUCUGCAUCGGCUUUGUGAAGGGAUGGAAGCUGACGCUUGUCAUUGUCGCAGCAAGUCCACUGAUCGGUCUUGCAGCUGGUCUUAUGGCUAUGUUCGUGGCGAGGCUAACGGGGUUGGAGCUGCAGGCCUACGCCAAAGCCGGAGCCAUAGCAGACGAGGUCCUCUCCUCCAUCAGGACUGUGGCUGCUUUCGGUGGGGAGAAAAAAGAAGUGCAAAGGUACGACAAGAACUUGAUCUCAGCGCAGCGCUUGGGCAUCAAGAAGGGUCUGAUCAUGGGCUUCUUCACCGGAUAUAUGUGGCUGAUCAUCUUUCUGUGCUACGGUCUGGGCUUCUGGUAUGGCUCCAGCCUGGUGGUGGACACUGAGGAGUACACACCAGGAACACUACUACAGGUGUUCUUCGGUGUUUUGAUAGCAGCCAUGAAUUUGGGGCAGGCCUCCCCAUGUCUGGAGGCAUUUGCUGCAGGCCGUGGAGCUGCUACCACCAUCUUUGAAACUAUUGAGAGAGAGCCGGAGAUUGAUUGUCUAUCUGAGGUUGGUUACAAGCUUGACAGGGUCAAAGGAGAUAUUGAGUUUCACAAUGUGACCUUCCACUACCCCUCCAGACCUGAAGUCAAGAUCCUGGACAAGCUCAGCGUUCCAGUGAAGUCAGGGGAAACCACAGCCUUUGUCGGGCCGAGCGGAGCUGGGAAGAGUACUGCCAUUCAGCUCAUCCAGCGCUUCUAUGACCCUAAAGAGGGCAUGGUGACCCUGGACGGUCAUGACAUCAGAGGGCUGAACAUCCAAUGGCUGCGCUCGCUGAUUGGCAUUGUGGAGCAGGAGCCUGUGCUGUUUGCCACCACCAUUACUGAGAAUAUACGCUACGGUCGACCCGGCGUCUCAAAGGAAGACAUCAUUGCUGCCACAAAGGAGGCCAACGCCUACAACUUCAUCAUGGACCUGCCGCAGAAAUUCGACACUUUGGUGGGAGAGGGUGGAGGUCAGAUGAGCGGCGGCCAGAAGCAACGUAUCGCCAUCGCUCGAGCGCUGGUCAGGAAUCCUCGCCUCCUGCUGUUGGACAUGGCGACCUCUGCCCUUGACAACGAGAGCGAGGCUAUAGUUCAAGAGGCUUUGGAUAAAGUACGCAAGGGUCGCACCACCAUCUCCAUCGCUCACCGCCUGUCCACCAUAAAGAACGCCGACGUGAUCGUGGGCUUCGAGCGCGGCCGAGCCGUGGAGUGGGGCAAACACAACGAGUUGCUGGAGAGGAAGGGCGUCUACUUCACUCUGGUCACGCUGCAGAGCCAGGGCGACGAGGCUCUCAACGAGAAGGCCCGGCAAAUGGCGGACAAUGAAGAAGAGCCGGCGAGGCUAAAUCUAUCCAGAGCAGGCAGCUACCGUGCCAGUUUGAGAGCCUCUCUUCGCCAGCGUUCCCGAUCUCAGCUGUCCAAUCUGAUCCCAGAGUCUUCUGUUCCCAUGGUCGGAGAGCUUGGCCCCAGAGCCUACUCUGUGUCACAAGCAGACAAAUUCACGAAUGCCAUUCCAGAGGACGAGGAAGAACCAGUGGAGCCUGCUCCAGUCACUAGGAUCCUGAAGUACAACUUACCCGAGUGGCCCUAUAUGGUUUUUGGAUCCUUUGGUGCUGCCAUAAAUGGAGGGGUCAACCCCGUCUACUCUCUACUGUUCAGUCAAGUCCUGGCGACAUUCUCAGUAACGGAUCCUGUGCUUCAGAGGAAGGAGAUUGAUGGUAUCUGCCUGUUCUUUGUCAUGGUCGGCGUGGUGUCUUUCUUCACCCAGAUGCUGCAGGCUUACGCUUUCUCCAAGUCUGGAGAGCUGCUGACCCGCAGGUUACGGCGGCUCGGGUUCCAGGCCAUGCUGGGCCAAGAGAUUGGCUGGUUUGAUGAUCACAAGAACAGCGCCGGAGCUCUGACAACCCGUCUGGCAACCGAUGCCUCACAAGUUCAAGGAGCCACGGGCUCGCAGAUCGGCAUGAUCGUCAACUCUCUGACCAACAUAGGCGUGGCCAUCAUCAUGUCCUUCUUCUUCAGCUGGAAGCUCACGCUGCUCAUCCUGUGCUUCCUGCCGUUCAUCGCCCUUUCGGGCGGCUUCCAGGCCAAGAUGCUCACGGGGUUCGCUAAGCAGGACAAGCAGGCGAUGGAGACCGCCGGACAGAUCUCCGGCGAGGCGCUGAACAACAUCCGCACCAUUGCAGGCCUGGGGAAAGAGAGGCUCUUUGUGGACACGUACGAGGCCCAGCUAGACGCUCCGUACCAAGCGGCCCUGAAGAAGGCCAAAGUGUACGGGGCCUGCUAUGGGUUCUCCCAGUGCGUCAUCUUUUUGACCAACUCCGCCUCCUACAGGUUUGGAGGUUACUUAGUGCAACAGGAGGGGCUCCACUUCAGCUUGGUGUUCAGGGUCAUCUCAGCCAUCGUUACCAGCGGCACGGCCCUCGGCAGAGCCUCCUCUUACACGCCAGACUACGCCAAGGCCAAGAUCUCCGCAGCACGUUUCUUCAAGCUGCUGGACCGCGUGCCUCUGAUCAGCGUCUACAGCGAUAAGGGAGAUAAAUGGGAGAACUUCGAAGGGAACAUCGAGUUCAUUGACUGCAAGUUCACCUACCCCACCAGGCCGGACAUCCAGGUCCUGAAUGGGCUGAACGUGUCGGUGAAGCCCGGCCAGACACUGGCCUUUGUGGGCAGCAGCGGCUGCGGGAAGAGCACCAGCGUGCAGCUGCUGGAGAAGUUCUAUGAUCCCGACCAAGGCCGAGUGCUGAUUGAUGGCCACGACUCGACCCGCGUCAACGUGCCCUUCCUGCGCUCCAAGAUUGGCAUCGUGUCCCAGGAGCCCAUCUUGUUUGACUGCAGCAUCGAAGAGAACAUCAAGUACGGCGACAACGUGCGGGACAUCAGCAUUAAUGAGGUCAUCUCUGCUGCCAAGAAGGCCCAGCUCCAUGACUUUGUCAUGUCACUUCCUGAGAAAUACGAGACAAACGUCGGCGCCCAGGGCUCUCAGCUGUCUCGCGGUCAGAAGCAGCGUAUCGCCAUUGCCAGGGCGAUCAUCCGCGACCCCAAGAUCCUGCUCCUGGACGAGGCCACUUCCGCCCUGGAUACCGAGAGCGAGAAGACCGUGCAAGGGGCCCUGGACAAAGCCAGAGAGGGCCGGACGUGCAUCGUCAUCGCCCAUCGCCUGUCCACCAUUCAGAACUCGGACAUCAUUGCCGUCAUGUCCAGGGGCUUCGUGAUUGAGAAAGGAUCGCAUGACCAGCUCAUGGCACUGAAGGGAGCCUACUACAAGCUGGUUACCACGGGAGCACCAAUUAGCUAA